AAAUACAUAACAAAAAAAAACCCAAACAUGCCUAUCCAUCCACUUUCUUUCCUCUUCCUCUUCACUUCUCUCCUAAUCCCUUCUCUCAUUUCCUCUUCCCCUGUUCAGGACCCCGAACUCGUAGUCGAAGAUGUGCAUAGGGCCAUCAAUGCAUCAAGGAGGAACCUUGGAUUUCUAUCUUGUGGAACCGGUAAUCCCAUCGAUGACUGCUGGCGGUGUGACCUGAACUGGGAGAAGAAUCGGCAGAGACUAGCCGACUGUGCGAUUGGGUUCGGGAAGAAUGCCAUUGGUGGAAGAGAUGGUAAGAUUUAUGUUGUGACAGACUCUAGUGAUAACGAUGCGGUGAACCCCAAGCCGGGAACUUUACGACAUGCUGUGAUUCAAGACGAACCAUUGUGGAUAAUUUUCGCUCGAGACAUGACGAUCCGGUUGAAGGAAGAGCUUAUCAUGAAUUCGUUCAAGACGAUUGAUGGUCGGGGUGCCAGCGUCCACAUUGCAGGGGGUCCUUGUAUAACUAUUCAGUAUGUGACCAACAUUAUCAUUCACGGAUUAAACAUCCAUGACUGCAAGCAAGGAGGGAAUGCUAUGGUGAGGGACUCCCCCAAGCAUUACGGUUGGCGAACCAUAUCGGACGGCGACGGUGUGUCCAUCUUCGGCGGUAGCCAUGUUUGGGUGGAUCAUAACUCCUUGUCCAACUGUAAUGAUGGUCUGGUUGAUGCCAUUCAUGGGUCCACCGCAAUUACCAUCUCAAACAACUACAUGACUCACCAUGAUAAAGUCAUGCUCUUGGGGCACAGUGAUUCCUACACUCAAGACAAGAACAUGCAAGUCACAAUAGCCUUUAAUCACUUUGGAGAAGGGCUUGUCCAAAGAAUGCCUAGAUGUAGACAUGGAUAUUUCCAUGUGGUUAACAAUGACUACACCCACUGGGAAAUGUAUGCCAUUGGAGGAAGUGCAAACCCAACUAUUAACAGCCAAGGGAACAGAUUUACAGCACCCGACGCCAGAUUCAGCAAAGAGGUGACCAAGCAUGAAGAUGCACCGGAGAGUGACUGGAAGAACUGGAAUUGGAGAUCGGAAGGUGACCUGAUGGUGAACGGUGCGUUUUUCACGGCGUCGGGCGCCGGUGCCUCGUCGAGCUAUGCCAAGGCUUCGAGCUUGGGUGCUAGGCCAUCUUCGCUGGUGGCGACCAUAACGACCAAUGCUGGUGCUCUUAGUUGCAAGAAAGGCUCUCGUUGCUGAUCGAGACAUAAGAUAGAACACGCACGACACUUUGUUAAUUACGAAGUGAUUGAAAAAUACAUGGUGUUUGACUGCAAUUAAAUUUAGCUUUAGAAAGGGGAAAAAUGAAGAAAAGGCUGCCCAUACAAUUAAUUUAUUGGCUUUUUCCCCUUUCUAUGUACCAUUUUUUUCUUGGUUCGUUAUUCAAAUGUAAUGAUCAUUACAACCUCGGCCA